AUGAUUUCGAAUGAGGUAUACGAAAAGCAUAUGCUACGCACCACAGGGGAGGUUUCACGCCUGAACGGACAAUUUAAUCUCAUUUCUGAGAACCUCGGUUACCAGAUCCAUCCAACUAUCAGAGCUCGACUCCCUGAAAAUGCUCGAAUUGCAGACAUCGGAACUGGAACGGCCAACUUUCUUAUAAAGGUUGCCCCAUUGUAUCCAAAGGGCACCCUGCAUGGCUACGAUAUUUCCAAGUCAUUUUUCCCUUCGGAAGUUCCGAGUAACGUUGAACUGUCCGUCCUUGAUGCGCGAGAGCCCAUCCCAGAAGAGCUUGAUGGGACAUAUGACUUGGUUCAUGUUCGGAUGCUUGCAAUGGGUCUUCUAGAGUCAGACUGGCGACCGGUGGUUGCGAAUCUGAGUCGCUUGCUCAAGCCAGGCGGUGCUUUACAAUGGGAAGAAUGCAACUUCCUAGCCUGGUCCGAGGGCGGAUUUUUUCCCGAAUCAACAUUUGAGGCCCUGCAUACCAUCGAAAAACUACUCAUCGGCACUUUCGCGCCUCGCUUCAAGGUAGGCUGGAAUACUUUGCCCGGUGACAUGGAGGCAGCAGGAUUGGCCGAAGUUGGAACAGAAGUCGUGGGAUCUGAUCGGGUCAAGAGCACAUUGGGGCCGUACACGGCCAAUAGUAUGUGUGUCUGUUUCCAGUGGGCACGAUCAGGCAAAGACUCGAUUCCAUUCAAUGAGGAGGAAUUGAAUGAGCUGGAGGCUCAAUGCUGGCGAGAUAUUGGGUCCGGUGGAUAUGUCCGAUUUGAUAUUCAUGUCAAUUGGGGUUUCAAGUCACUUUGA